CUUUUAGUUAUACGAUGUUCCUUCCAGUUCUGCUGCUGCUGGCAGCUUCAUCCUAUGUGGAAUGUGCAGUAGAGCUCACUCAGGACACCUCAGUGAUGUUAAAGCCUGGAGAUUCUUUAAUCCUCAGCUGUAAAGUAUCCGGUUACUCAGUUACUGAUAACAGCUACGCCACAGCUUGGAUCCGACAUCCUGCAGGGAAAACUCUGGAAUGGAUAAACCACAUUUGGGGGGAUGGAGUUAUAGAUAAUAAAGAGUCUCUAAAAAGCAAGUUCAGUAUUUCUAAAGAUGCCUCCAGCAGCACGGUGACACUGAGAGGACAGAACAUGCAGACUGAAGACACAGCUGUGUAUUACUGCGCUCGUGUAACACACAGUGACACAACAAGCUGCAUAGGCAGAGUUUUGUGUUACUUUACUCUAGCAAUCUUCAUUCAAUAUUCCUGCAGUCAGACACUGAUCGAGUCUGAUCCAGUGAUCAUCAAACCUGAUCAGUCUCAUAAACUGACCUGCACAGCCUCUGGAUUAGACAUUAGUGGCUAUUACUUGGCUUGGAUCAGACAGGCGCCUGGAAAAGGGCUGGAAUGGCUUGCAAGCAUCUACAGUAGCAGUAGUUACAUAUAUUACUCCAGCGCUGUUAAGGGCCGCUUCACCAUCUCCAGAGACGACAGUAAGAAGCAGGUGUAUCUGCAGAUGAACAGCAUGAGGACAGAAGACACUGCAGUUUAUUACUGCGCCCGUGAACCACACAGUGAUACUUCCCCUUAGACAUCAGUACAAAAA